UUCUACUAGGUAUCGAGGAGCGCUGCGUCUCGCCCGAUUCGACUGUUUGCACUCCUUUUUCGAUCUUGCCUUGUUUAGCUGGAAAGAUUAGAAGAUGCCGGCUGAGCCAUUGCCGCAGUUCUUGAGCUCCAUCAAGCUCAAGUACGUCAAGCUUGGGUACCAGUACCUGGCCAACCACAUGCUCACCUUCCUCCUCAUUCCUGUCAUGGUGGCCGCUUUCUUGGAGGCGGCUAAGAUCGGCCCGGACGAGCUCGUCUCCCUCUGGAGGUCCCUCGGCAUCAAUGCCAUCCACGCUUUGUGCACCGUCCUCCUCGUCGUCUUCGUCGCGACCGCUUACUUCAUGUCGCGGCCGCGCCCGGUGUACCUGGUCGACUAUGCCUGCUUCCAGCCGGCAAGGAACUGCCGCGUGCCCUUCGCCACCUUCUUCGAGCACGCCCGCCUGAUGCCCUUCUUUGACGAGAAGAGCGUCCGGUUCCAGGUGCGCAUCCUGGAGCGGUCGGGCCUCGGCGAGGAGACCUGCCUCCCGCCGGCCAACCAUUAUAUCCCACCGUGCCCCUCCAUGGAGGCGUCCCGGGCCGAGGCCCACCUGGUAAUCUUCUCCGCAAUCGACGACCUCAUCGCCAAGACGGGCCUCAAGCCCAAGGACAUCGACAUCCUGGUCGUUAACUGCAGCCUCUUCUCGCCGACGCCGUCGCUGUCCGCGAUGAUCAUCAACAAGUACAAGCUGCGCAGCAACAUCAUGAGCUUCAACCUCUCCGGGAUGGGGUGCAGCGCGGGGUUGAUCUCCGUCGACCUCGCCCGCGACCUCCUCCAGGCGCACCCCAACUCGUACGCGCUCGUCGUCUCCACCGAGAUUAUCACGCCCAACUACUACGCCGGCAACGAGCGGUCGAUGCUCCUCCCCAACUGCCUCUUCCGCAUGGGCGCCGCGGCGGUGCUCCUCUCCAACCGCCGCCGGGAGCGGGCCCGCGCCAAGUACCGCCUCCUCCACGUGGUGCGCACCCACAAGGGCGCCGACGACCGGGCGUACCGCUGCGUCUACGAGGAGGAGGACGGGGACGGCAACUCCGGGAUCAAACUCUCCAAGGACCUAAUGGCCAUCGCCGGCGAGGCGCUGCGGUCCAACAUCACGGACGUGGGACCGCUGGUGCUGCCGGUCACGGAGCAGCUCCGCUUCCUGGCCAGCCUGGUGGCGCGGCGCCUGCUGGGCUCCCGGGGUUGGAAGCCGUACAUCCCGGACUUCAAACGGGCGUUCGAGCACUUCUGCAUCCACGCCGGCGGGCGGGCGGUGAUCGACGAGCUGCAGCUCAACCUGAGGCUGUCAGCGGCCCACGUGGAGGCGUCCCGCAUGGCGCUGCACCGCUUCGGCAACACGUCGAGCAGCUCGCUAUGGUACGAGCUGGGCUACAUCGAGGCCAAGGGCCGGAUGCGCCGCGGCGACCGCGUCUGGAUGAUCGGCUUCGGCAGCGGCUUCAAGUGCAACAGCGCCGUGUGGCGUUCCCUACGCACCGUCGCCACCCCCGUCGACGGCCCCUGGUCCGACUGCAUUCACCGCUAUCCCGUGCACAUCCCCGAGGUCGUAAAGCUGCUAUAAUUCCACCGCUUUCACCCCCUCUCAUGCGUCCAUCAAUCCAUCCUCUCUCUCUUCUUUAUGUCAUAUCUACAGUGUCCUCGGCCAGUCUUCAUGGCGUCUUUAAUAUUCUGUGUUGGGGGUACGACAGAACAGUGGCAUGGCAUGUUACUGUACCACGUCUGGUUGAUGUUAUGAAUGCAUUGUGAUGGCCUGAGCUGGUA